CAGACAUGACAGGGAGAGGAGGAGAGGAGAGGACCGGGAGAGGCGAACUGUCCUCCGGUGUCGACACUUCAUCCACUUAAAGGCGCGAUUUACCGGCGGACUCUUCGGGAUAUUUAGCGGCGUUGAUCUCCUAACACCGGGCCGCGAGGAAGACUGCUGCCGUCGCCGUUAGCCUGUUAGCUCCUCGCUCCGGCUAAAUGGCCAACUAGCACAACAAAGCUAACCGCCGUUAGCUGCUGGACCCGGCGAAGUGAGUGAAGAGCCGAGGAGGGGAAUGGAAAGAGUUCACCCGGAGAGCACUUUGAGAAGCAAGGACGACUAACCAGGCUAAACCAAAUUACUUUUAGUUCCCUGAAUCACCGGUUGUUGGUGUUACUAUAAUCCCCAUCAUGGUGCAGAAGUACCAGUCACCUGUGCGGGUGUACAAACAUCCCUUUGAGCUGGUCAUGGCGGCUUAUGAACGCCGCUUCCCCACCUGUCACCUUAUCCCCAUGUUUGUGGCGAGUGACGUGGUGGAUGAGGAGACCAGCGAGGAUGGAUCCACCAACAGGAUUGAGCGUCGCUGUGCGCUGGAUGUGGAUGCUCCACGCCUUCUCAAAAGGAUUGCAGGUGUGGACUACGUCUACUUCAUCCAGAAAAACACAUUGAACCGAAAGGAGAGAACGCUGCACAUCGAGUCCCACAAUGAAACCUUUUCCAACAGGGUCAUCAUCCAUGAGACCUGCUGCUACUCGGUCCACCCGGAGAACGAGGACUGGACGUGUUUCGAGCAGACCGCCAGCCUGGACAUCAAGUCCUUCUUCGGCUUUGAAAGCACCGUGGAAAAGAUUGCUAUGAAGCAGUACGCCAGCAGUAUCAAGAAGGGAAAAGAAAUCAUAGAGUACUACCUGAAAGAGCUAGAGGAUGAGGGCAUCACUCAUGUGCCCCGCUGGACUCCUUCGUCACUCUCCCUGCCUCUGCCUAGACCAACCAGCCUCUCUAGCCCACCUGUCCUCCCCAAACUCGCCAUCACACCUGCCGUUUCCAUCCCGCUGGCCGCUGAAGCUAAAGACGGCACUGCACAGGAUGUUAAGCAGGACAGCAGUGUUAUUCAGGCAGACAGCCUCACUGAGAUCCUGGCCGGUACACCUGAAGAUAAACUGGAUGCAGAUUAUAUCAAACGUUACCUGGGUGACCUGACCCCCCUGCAGGAGAGCUGCCUGAUCAGACUUCGCAAAUGGCUUCAGGAGACACACAAGGGAAAGAUCCCCAAAGAUGAACACAUCCUGCGUUUCUUGCGAGCCCGGGACUUCAACAUGGACAAGGCACGGGAGAUCUUGUGCCAGUCUCUGACCUGGAGGAAGCAGCACCAGGUGGACUAUCUGCUGGAGACCUGGAGCUCCCCGCAGGUCCUACAGGACUAUUACACCGGCGGCUGGCACCACCAUGACAGAGACGGCCGUCCUUUGUACAUCCUGAGGCUGGGCCAGAUGGACACCAAAGGAUUGGUUCGCGCUCUUGGGGAGGAGUCUCUGCUCAGACAUGUGUUGUCAAUCAAUGAAGAGGGUCUGAGACGCUGUGAAGAGAACACCAAGGUGUUUGGCCGACCCAUCAGCUGUUGGACAUGUCUAGUAGAUCUGGAAGGGCUGAACAUGCGUCAUCUGUGGCGACCGGGAGUCAAGGCGCUGCUGAGGAUCAUUGAGGUUGUGGAAGCAAACUACCCUGAGACUCUGGGACGACUGCUCAUUCUGAGAGCACCAAGAGUCUUCCCUGUUCUUUGGACGCUGGUGAGUCCAUUCAUAGAUGAAAACACCCGUAAGAAGUUUCUGAUCUAUGCAGGCAACGACUACCAGGGUCCUGGAGGUCUUGUGGAUUACAUCGACAAAGAGAUCAUCCCUGACUUCCUGGGAGGCGAGUGUAUGUGUGAGGUACCAGAGGGCGGCCUGGUUCCCAAGUCGAUGUACCGCACGGCUGAGGAGCUGGAGAAUGAGGACGUCCGCCUGUGGACCGAGACGAUCUACCAGAGCGCCAGCAUCUUCAAGGGAGCUCCACACGAGCUGCUGAUUGAGAUCAUCGAUGCCUCCUCAGUCAUCACGUGGGACUUCGAUGUUUGCAAAGGUGACGUCGUUUUCAACAUCUACCACUCAAAGCGAGCCCCUCAGGCGCCACGUAAAGACCCGCUGGGAGCCCACGGCAUCACAUCCCCGGGUGGCAACAACGUGCAGCUCAUUGACAAAUCCUGGACGCUGGGUCAAGAUUACAGCAUGGUGGAGUCCCCCCUCACCUGCAAGGAGGGCGAGAGUGUACAGGGCUCUCAUAUAACGCGAUGGCCAGGUUUCUACAUUCUCCAGUGGAAGUUCCACAACAUGCCAGCCUGCUCGGCCACCAACCUGCCCCGAGUUGACGACGUUCUGGCCACCCUGCAGGUCUCCUCGCACAAGUGUAAAGUCAUGUACUACACCGAGGUGCUGGGCUCCGAGGACUUCAGAACGGCUUGCUGUGAUGUGCAGAGUUUGGGUUCGAUGACCAGCCUGGAGUCGAGCCACAGCGGCUUCUCUCAGCUGAGCGCCGCCACCACCUCCUCCAACCAAUCCCAGUCCAGCUCCAUGAUCUCCAGGUAGAAUCCGGCGGCGGAGGACUUCAAACUCCAACAACCCCGAUCCCUCCAAUGCCCAAACCAUCAACAACAAAGCCACCUCUUUUCCUGCCCCCCUUCGUCAUCGUCUUUGGACUCUGUUCCUAUUGCACAGCCAGUCUCUAUGGAACUGAUGCAUGCUUGCACAAACAGAAGACAAAGAAUAAAAAAAAUUCUGAGGCAAAAAGAUGAAACAAACUGAAACUAUGUGUACAAUUUAAAGGGCUGAUUUUUGCACAAAGGUUGAACAUUUUUUGUGCCUGGCAUCUCUGCUGGGCGGCAGUUUGAAUCAGACCAUUUUACAGAAUGUUUGUGUCUCGUGCAGGGUGGGAAGGUCAAAUGAAGCAAUAUUCUCAUCCAGGGAGCUACGGGGACACUGGAUACAGACACUGGACACUCUGUUAUGUAUAUGCAUUUUCAUUUACACCUACAUAUACAGUACUGAGACGACGCAUACCUCAUUGACGUGCGUUGGCGGAUAAGACUGGAUUUGCUGUUACACAUAUGAGUGACAAAAAUUGACAGUGUUUGCCAUAUUGUUACUGGGAGGAGUUUGUUUCUGGUGAGCUGUUUAUAGGUCGAAUAUGGACGGGCGGGCGGGGUCAACAUCUUAACUAGAUCUGGGUCAAAUAUCACCUGCAACUGGUUUGUUUUUCAAUCUGUGUGGAGCUCGCUGAAUCACAACGGUGCAGAUAAUGUCAGCUGUGCUUAGCUGACAUUCGUUGCGUUGUCUCAUGUGGCGAGCUCCACCCGUCUGUCUUGGGAGGGCUUUUAUCACACUUUUGAAAGCGUUUGAAUAUUUGAGCCAGGUCUGACUCUUAGCGAAGUAAUCCGCUAGAAGCAAUAACACGAGUUUGACUUUCUACUGUGUGCGAUACUUCUAUUUAUCUCGAUGAUUGCUAGAUGAAAUUUUUGUUGUGUACAAGCGGACGGAUGGGCAAACUGAGCCAGUGAACGGUGAAAUUCUGUGGCACCAACAUCAUCAGUUUUAUCUUCUAUAACAGGAAAGAAGCAAAAAUAUUUUAUCAUCAUACAAGGGAUGUCCUGAUCAAGUUUGCUGAGUCCCAAUCCAAUACCAUUCUUGUAGAUAAUACAUACUUUAUGUACGUUGAAGUCCAAUCCAGUGUAUGUGCUUGACACCUGGACAGCUCUGCAGUGCAUUAAUGUCCACAUUUCAGCUGAGGCCUGUAGGGAUGUUAGCAGUUAAUUGAUUAAUCAUUGUUAUCAAUUCAACCAAUUUAAAAAUGUACUGACCAAUACGACAGAAGACACCAGGUGGAGACACUUACUGUUAAAUACUGUAGCCACCAGAGGAGGUGGACAGUUUUGUUAGCAAGCAGAGAGCAUUGUGGGGGUUUAGCUGGUAAAGGGGCACCAUGACAAAGACUUGCGUGGCACUUAAUGACCUCAGACCAGCGCUUGUGUAUAUAUAUAUAUGGCAACUGGCAUAAACUUGGACGGCAAUUCUAUAUGCAUUAGUGGCCCAAAUCUGGUAUCCAUUAACUGAAGACAAUGUCCACAAAACUUAAUUCCUACCAUCAAGUAUUGGUUGCUGAUGCUUCUGAUUAUUAAGUAAGAAAUUAUUUAAAGUCCUUAGCAUCCUGUAACUGAUUUUGCUUUCUGUUUGCGACACCUGUGCGACAAAGGAUUAGGCUUAGAUUUGUGCUCAGUGAAGCCGAUACUGAUCAGUUUACAGAGGUCGAAUCAGGACAUCCCUACGUUAUACAUCAGAAACUUAACUAAUCUUUUUUUUCGAAUGAUCGGAGCUGGUUUGCUUCCUGUCCAGCGUCUGCACAAUUAAGGAACUCGAGCCCGAAUCCAGUCAUCAAGCAGAUGCCUUGUCACUGAUUGGUGAAUGUGCUACUGAUUGGCUUGCGAACCAAUAGAACGCCUGAGGGUUGCGACGUAACUGGGCGGAGUGACGUAGAUUUCAGUGUGCAUUAGGGGGUGAAUGUUUCUGUGAUUAUCAUUGAUACUGUACACGUGCUAGCGUUGGUUUAACUGUGUUUCAGAGCGCGGCCAGCGUCCGGUCACUCACACGGUGGUUGGGUUUACGGAUCUAUUAUUUAAGAAUUAAGAUAUAGCCAUUUUUCAGAGCCAUGUGUCAAUAAAAAUACCAUUUUAGCCUUCGUAAGCAUCACUUAGGUCACCGCUGUAGUGGAUUGUGUAUCGAAUGAACAUUUCUAAAUGCAACCAAUCCAUGAUGCGACGUUUUUUUUUUUGUUGUUUUUUUUUUAUGUGGUUAAAUCGGCAUCUGCGAUGACUUUCUCAUUGAUCCCCGUUUGAUCACAAUUGCCAAAAGUCAUCGGGUUGCUGUCGCCAUGGUUACAGAGUGCAGCUGAGAGCAAAAAAUAAAUAAAAUCACAAAUAAGGCAGCGAGUUCUUGUAUGGAAACCUGCCUAUUUAGUUUUUUCAUAGCGCUUGUGUUUUUUUAAACCGGUGGCAUCGAUAUGUUGUCAACUGCAAUAACAAGAAAUGAUGCUUUUCUGGGAAAAUGGACCUCCUCACCUGAGAAUGAGGGCUACAAGUGUGUGUGCGUGUGUGAGGGUGUAUAAUAAUGAAUGUUUGGAGGGGAGUUAAAAAUAUAAAAUAAAAAAAAAAUUAAGACAUGCCUGUAAAAUGUGUCAACGCUCAUGGGAGUCGAAAACAACACGAGUAACGUCACCUGUGAGGUUGGAAUUUUCUCGAGCGGUUCGACUGAUGAAGCAGCGUCAGUUCAAAAUCUAACUCCUUUUAUUUCUCUACUCUUCAUCACUUGUACACUCCUUUUUCUUUGUGUUUAUCUCAGAAAGCAGAAUGGACUGAAAGGAGAGAUCACAUGUUACUGUUUUAUUUCCAUUUAAACUCAGUGUUAGAAAAACUUGCGCUGUCUUCUGCAGCGUUUCUCAUCAGGAUCUCAUCGACGAAUGAGGGCUAUAACUGUUUCGUCCGUCUCUCCUUCUUUUUCUGACAUCGUUUGCAUAUCUUCUCUUUACCUAGAUGUGAGGAAUUGUGUAAAAAAAAAGUACAUGUUUGGAUUAAAGAGAAUAUGGCGCCUUUACAUUUUUCUGAAAACAUUAAACUUGAAUUAUGAGAAAA